AUGAUUUCUUCCAAACGUUCCAAAUUACUGUUCUGUGCUCUUGGUAUUUUUGUAUGUUACUUUUACUUCGCUAUGUUACAAGAAAAAAUUACCCGUGGGCAAUACGGAGAUGAAAAGAACAGCGAAAAAUUCACUUACACGUUCAGUUUAGUUUUUUUUCAAUGUUUAAUCAAUUACCUGUUCGCCAAGACUAGUUUGUUGAUGAUCAUGAAACAAGGUGAAGAUACUACCCCACGAACAUAUUACGUGAUAUCUGCUCUCACGUAUUUACUCGGAAUGGUGUGUAGUAACAUGGCUUUACAGUUCGUCAGUUAUCCAACACAAGUAAUCGGGAAAUCUGGUAAACCAAUUCCUGUGAUGAUACUCGGAGUACUGCUGGGCAACAAGGUUUAUCCAGUUAGGAAGUACUUAUUUGUCUUCUUAGUUGUCAUUGGUGUUGCGUUGUUUAUGUACAAAGACGUUGGUCCAACGAAGAAGCAAACGGAAGGACAAGCAGCAUUUGGAGAACUGUUAUUAUUACUUUCGUUAAUAAUGGAUGGUUUAACUAGUGCGGUACAGGAACGUAUGAAGGCAGAGAACAAUUCCAAGUCUGGACACAUGAUGUUAAACAUGAAUGCAUGGUCUGCGAUAUUCAGUGGUGCUGUCAUCUUGAUCUCUGGAGAAUUUUUCCAGUUUCUUCAGUUCUUACACAGAUAUCCUUUCGUUGUAUGGUACAUGGCCACGUUUUCGAUAGCAGGAGCGUUUGGGCAGUAUUUUAUAUUUUUCACCGUUGCGGAAUUCGGGCCAUUACCGUGUUCUAUUAUAACUACUACUAGGAAAUUGUUUACAGUUUUAGGGUCGAUAUUGAUUUUCGGUAAUGCUUUGACCACUAGACAAUGGUUAGGUACAUUCACGGUAUUUACGGGAUUAUUUUUAGACGCGAUGUACGGUAAAGACAAAUCUUCCAAGAAAAAUGUAAUGAAAUAA